AGGACCUUCUCAGCAACUUCCAAGCUCGGUGCUUAUGGGCGGGGCAAGGGCGACGUGCAUUGUGACGUAAGGGCGACGUGCAUUGUGACGCAGCUGCGGAGGCCUCUGGCAGCGCGGCGGCCGCCUAGCUUGGUGGCGCCAUUUUGUGAGGAGGUGAACGGUCGUCGGCCCCGGCCCGCGUUCCCGACCGGCCCCGGCCCACCUCCCCCGGCCCCGGCCCCGGCUCACCUCCCCCGGCCCCGGCCCCGGCCCGCGUUCCCGACCGGCCCCGGCCCACCUCCCCCGGCCCGCGUUCCCGACCGGCCCCGCCUCAGCACAGGGGACUGAUGGCGGCCGACAGCCGCGAUGAUAAAGAUGGUGAAGUCAAUGUUUUGGAUGAUAUCUUGACAGAAGCGCCUGAUCAAGAUGAUGAGCUUUAUAAUCCUGAAAGUGAACAAGACGUUAGUGAGAAGAAAGCAUCAAAAGAAAAAAGAAAGGAGAGGGCUGACAGUGGUGAUGGGAAAAGACAGAAAUCUUCAAGCCAUUCGGCACGACAAGUUAGCAAAAGAAUCUUCCUGCCCUUCUGCAGGAGACAACAUAAGGCUUCCCUUUCAAAAGGUAGACACCUGCCCAGAAAUAUCGAAGAGGGUGUUAAAAUGCAUCGAUCAGGCAUUCAUCUAAAGAGGAAACUCAUUCCCGAUUAUCAGUCAGAAGCUGAGAUUGAUUCUGAUGGCAAUACCUCUUCUGAAGACCAUGAAAAUCAAGAUGAGGCUGUAGAUGAGAUUAGGCCUGAUGAAGAUGAUCCUGAGGAAGAGAAGGAGGAUGAGGAGGAAGAAGUAGAAGAAGAAGAAUCUGAACAGGAUAUGUCUGAGCAAGAUGAUUUCAGAGAAAGAGAUCCCAGAGAAAACAAGGAGGAAGGCCAUGAGCAGGAUUACGACAGGAGUGAAGCCAGUGACUCUGAGUCAGAGUCUGUCUCAUUUUCUGAUGGAGAGUCUGCUACCAGAUCUGGUUCUGAUGCAUCAGACGAUGAGACAGAUAAAAAGGAGAAGAAAAAGCGAUCUAGAGACAUUUCUCCAAUUGUGUUUGAUAGGAGUGAAAGUUCAGCAUCCGAUUCAUAUGCAGGAUCAGAGAAGAAACAUGAGAAGCUGUCAUCAUCUGUGCGUGCAGUACGUAAAGAUCAAACUAGUAAACUGAAGUACGUUCUUCGAGAUGCACGGUUUUUCCUCAUAAAGAGCAAUAACCAUGAGAAUGUAUCUCUGGCAAAGGCUAAGGGUGUGUGGUCAACACUGCCAGUAAAUGAGAAGAAGCUCAACACUGCAUUCCGAGAUGCUCGGAGCGUUAUACUGAUAUUCUCUGUUCGAGAAAGUGGAAAAUUUCAGGGAUUUGCUAGACUUUCAUCAGAAUCUCACCACGGAGGGUCUCCAAUACACUGGGUGCUGCCAGCUGGGAUGAAUGCAAAAAUGUUGGGUGGCGUCUUUAAAAUCGACUGGAUUUGCAGACGCGAGUUGCCAUUUACAAAACAGGGCACCUUGUCCAACCUAUGGAAUGAAAACAAACCUGUUAAAAUUGGACGGGAUGGGCAGGAAAUUGAACCUGAGUGUGGCACACAGCUUUGUCUUCUAUUCCACGAUGAAAGCAUUGACUUGUAUCAAUUCAUUCAUAAAAUGCGGCACAAGAGAAGAGUGCACUCUCAGCCACGAUCAAGGGGGCGACCUUCUCGACGUGAUCCUGUCCGGGAAGUGGGAAGGCGUCGAGCAGAAGAUUUUGACUCAUAUAACACCAGAAAGAGACCAAGGAUUGACUACCCACCAGAAUUCUCACAAAGACCAGGGUACAUGAAGGAUCCACGGUACCAAGAAGUAGAGAGACGAUUUUCCGGCAUUAGACGUGAUGUGUUUUUAAAUGGAUCCUACAAUGAUUAUAUGAGGGAAUUUCAUCACAGCAUUGGUCCACCACCACCUUGGCAGGGAAUGCCACCUUAUCCUGGUAUGGAGCAAGCUCCUCAUCAUCCUUAUUAUCAACAUCACCCCCCACCACCUCAGGCACACCCACCGUAUUCCGGACAUCAUCCAGUCCCACAUGAAGCCAGAUAUAGAGACAAGAGAGUGCAUGACUAUGAUAUGAGAGUAGAUGACUUCCUUCGUCGCACACAAGCAGUUGUCACCAAUCGACGAAGUAGACCACGGGAAAGAGAGAGAGAACGUGAACGACCUCGAGACAGCAGGCGAGACAGAGAACGUGAUCGAGGCAGGGAACGAGAACGAGAGAGGGAAAGGAUGAGAGAGAGAGACAGAGAGAAGGAACGAGGAAGAUAUAGACGAUAGCUCAUCAGCUGAAGCACUGUCAAUUUUUGUUUACGGUAGCUGGAAGGUGUUUGGAUCUGUUCCUUUUUUAUUUUCAUUUUUUUAAGUUAAAUUACCUAUUCAGAGUUACUAUGACCCUUGUAUGUCUAUUGCUUUCAUGCAUGUGGAACUAUAUCAACUGAAUUUUGACCCCAGAAGCACAGAUUUUUCUAGAGUGAUAUUUCAGGGGAAGGGUACGGUUUUCUGGUGACUGCCACAUGUCUAAUCAGAAAUAUUUACCCUCCGUUCAGUUGAAAGCUGUAGGAAGAAAUCUGCACUUGGCAUAGACUUUGUUGUAUGUAGUUGCACAUGGAUUAAUGAGGAAAACUUUUGCUGCUAAUAAGUAUGCAACUUGAGUAUAAUGAGCUGAUUGUGUGACCUAAUGUUGUAGCAAGCAACUUUUUAAAGAAAAACUCCAUUUAGAUUUCAACUUUUUCAGUGUUAAUGAUGAAAGCAAUAUUCAAAGACACAAUUGCAAUUCAGUUUUAACUUUUUUAAGAGUAAUCCCUUAAUAGCAUUUAAUCAAUGCUAAAGUUCAUUACUUUUUCCCAAAAAUUAAAAAAAAAGCACGCAGUGGCCUGGUAGAUUUACUGUAUGGUAGAAAUUGUUACAUUACCUUUAACUGCAAAACUUUUGUACAAAAUAAAUGAGAAAAAUGA